GGUCCGCGAAAGCCUCCCGUACCUCACGCCCUGGACGCUUCGCGCGAAAACGUUUUUUUUACGGGACCGAAUGCGGGGAGAUUUCCUCAAAGAUAUCUUCUGUUGAAAAGAAUUUAAAUAAGUAUUUUAAAAGUAAUUAAUGUCUAGCUAAGAUAUUGUCAUUAAGAGUAACUAAGUCUUGGAACUCAUUAACUUUUGUUUAUAAGAGAAACGGUCGGGAAAAUUAAGAUCAUUACGAAAUGUACGGGUGGUUGCUUGAAAGUGUGCAGCAUUUCAUCGUGCAAGAAUGCGGGGAAGAAAUAUGGGAGACGAUUCUGCGAGAGGCCGGGGCCCGGAAUACUGUUUUCAGUGCCACACAACAAUACCCAGACGCCCUGAUGCUACGUCUGGCCAGCGCGUUAGCACGUUUUAUCACCAUUGACCCAAAUAGUCCCGCACCCUCGCAACCCAGUAGCCCUGGACCGAGGAAACAGUCCCUCAAGUCCAAACCAUCCUGGAGAAGCAACUCAGUACACACAGACGGAAGGGCGCACUUCAGAUGCCCCUUCACAGCAACCAAUGCCCUCACUGCUGCAACCAGGAAAGAAAUACACGCGUACACAUCCUCCGAAGAGAUAUCAACUCCCACACCAGCGCAAACGUUAUCAGCAGAAAGAAUAAACGAAGGUGUAGAGCUUGAAAUCACUAAUAAGAAUGAAUACAGAGAUUUCAAUCGAAGGAGUCUUGGAUACAAGCUUGAGCAUCACAAGACUAUCGAUGUGUGCGAACCUCUAAGUCCGAGUCCUUCUGAUAAUGUUGAAGAAGAAAAAGAGGAGAAAAGUCCGAAGGCAGAGGAAUCUACCCCUACAUCGCCUACUUCCUCAAAUUCUGAAUGCAGCAAGGUUAGUUCCAUUGCCAAGAGUCCUAUAUCACGGAAGAGUAGCUGUACCUUGGCAUUGGACGUAUACAGAAGGCGAGGAUCGGGAGUGCCUAUCAGACCACGACUGAACAGCCUCACCCAAAUUGUGAGUGGAGAUAAAUUGAAUGCGAUGAAAGAGAAAUUCGGAACUCCUGAAAAAGUGAUGCACUUCUUUGGACGAUGCUUCGUCAAGUUCUUCAGUAAUUAUGGCUACGACACGAUGAUCCGCGCGACGGGGCGCUACUUCUGCACGUUCCUGCAAUCAGUGGACAGCAUCCACCAGCGCAUGCGGUUCACGUUCCCGCGCAUGCGCUCGCCGAGCAUGCAGCUGACGCGUGCGCAUCGACACGGCGCUGAGCUCGUCUAUAGCAGCACCAGGACCGGGUUCACGCACUAUCUUAUGGGUCAGCUGUACGAGAUAGCGGAAGACAUAUUUUCCCUGAAGCUGAAGGUGUCCAUCAUGAAGGAGUCAAUGGAAGGGAGCUACUACGUCGCAGUGCUUCGACUCGAGUUCGAUAACAGCGAUUAUGUGCAAUCCCUAAUGUUGCGCAAGAGUCUGCCGUGUCCGCUGCCGCCGGUGCCGGUGUCUAUUCUGCUGCAGCUGUUCCCCUUCGGAGUGCUGCUUGACCGCAAGAUGAGGGUCGUCAGUGCUGGCUGCAAGUUAAUAGAAGCUUGGGGCGGCCCCUUCAGCCGGAUAGAGAAGCAGCCUGUGUCAGAAAUACUGCGGUUGAGGAAGCCUAAAGUAUCAUUUACUUGGGAUAAGGUGGUAUGCAUGCAGACGAUGAUGUUCGAGUUGGAGCUGAUGCGCUGGCGCACGCGUGUGGGCGGCGGAGACGCACGGCGAGGGUCCCAGGGCGCACGCGCCGUGCUCUUCAAAGGACCCAUCUACCUGCUGGAAGAGAUCGACAGCUUGAUUUUCUUAUGCAGCCCCAUCUUCAACGACCUCGACGAGCUAAGACAAGCGGACCUCUUCCUGGCCGACAUGAACGGCCACGGGCUGUCCAAAGAGAUGCUCUUACAAGGCUGGCAGCACCUCUCCCGACUAGAGCUCCUCUUUGAGAAGGCAGAGAGCCGCAGUCUCUCGCUUGAGAAGUCCUGCCGGCUGCGGGACCAGUGGAAGAAGAAAGGGGAUCAGCUGCUAUACUCCAUGAUACCGAAGAGUGUCGCGUAUCACUUGAGGGCGGGGAAGGAUCCUAUGGAUACUUUUCAGCACUUCGAGUGCGUGACGAUAAUAUUCUGCGCGGUGCAACUGUCGCAGGCGGGCAGCCGCGCUGACGUCAUGCAGACAUACGCGUACAUGAACGAUGUCUACUCCAAGAUGGACCGGCUACUGGACGCGCACCGCGUCUAUAAGGUGGAGACGGUGGGCUCGGUGUACAUGCUGGUGUCAGGCGCGCCGGAGCGCAGCCGCGCGCACGCCGCGUGCGCCGCCAGCGCAGCACUCGCCAUUCGCCGCGCGCUGCCCAUGCUCACCAUCGGCAUCCACUCGGGGCCGUGUCGCGCAGGCGUGCUAGGGCUAAAGCUGCCUCGGUACUGCCUCGUCGGCGACACCGUCAACACUGCCAGCCGCAUGCAGACCACCUCCGAGCCUGGUAGAAUCCAAAUCUCUGCUCAAACCGCUGCGGAGCUGCCCAGUGGGAAGUUCAGGCUUCGCCGAAGGGGUCUCAUCAAAGUUAAAGGCAAAGGAAUGAUGGAAACUUUUUGGUUAGAAGGAGAACUAGAGGAAGAUGAUCAGGAUGAAGCUCUGCAGCUGUUUUCUACACUCCUGUGUGGAGAUGAUUAGAAUGAGUACAUAUUGCUAAUUCUAAGUUUUAAACUCAGUAUCACCAGUUUGAGCUGGUUAGACAUCGUUAAGCAUUGCGCCUGUAACCCCGAAGGUGUACCUAACAGAUGUGUAAAGUAUACACACCCACUGGUUAUCACCAACUGGUUAGAUCUCAAAUACAAACCAAAUGUUUUUUUUUUUUGACGUGACUUAUUGUAGAUUUGCCGCAGAUGGCAUUAACUGCUUGGCCGGACAAAUGGGGAGCGCUGAAGGCUCUCACCCAGUACAACGUUUAAGACAACAGGCCUGAAGGUGCCCAGUUAGGCUUGAACCUCGGCUCAGGGCGUCGUCUGAGGAAAUAUAUUUGAAAAAGUUAAUCGACCCUAGUGGGUCGAUAGCGAUAAGCGCUGAUUGAGGGAAAUACAAACCAAAGAAACUCAGUCAAAUAACGACUUCGGGUUUUACAACUAAAACACGUAAAUCGACGUAAAUAAUCAUUUAAUAUCAACAAACGAAUUAAAUUCGUAUAUCCUUUUUUUGUUUCAUUUUAUAUCUGAUUCAAUUUACUAAUAUUUCGUAAUAUAGAAUAUAUCGAUAAUAAUUAUUAUAUUACUAAGUAUACAAUAAUUAUGAAUUAUUAUAAUCUUAUUAAAAUCAUACCAUUCAAUUGGGUAGUUUCCUUAGUCAAGGAUAAAUUAUGAAAUUCUGAUUACUAAAUAAAGACAAAUGUAAAGGUGAUAAAAAAGUUACCUUUUUCCUAUUUGACUUAUUAAUGAGUUUUAAUAAAGAAAAAUGUAAUAAUAAGUGCGACAUUUUCUCACGUUUGUCUAUGACGUCACAGUGUGCUUUUUCAUACAUAUUUUAUAGUAAUUUCGCGUUUUGAAAAAAGUAACUGAUGUGACUAGUUGGAACUACCCUAUUGUAAAAUUUAUAGGCAAGUUGAUUAAUGUUUACAUGUAGGAAAAAUAAACUAUAUUUACAAAGUCGUAAAACAUACUUUGAGCAAAGCUCGGGGUAGUUCGACAAAAAAAAUGUUACCUCCUUUAGCAAACAAUACGGUUUAAAUAAAUGUUAAAAUUAUAGUUCUGUA